AAAUGUUAGAAUUGUUUUCUACAGAGCUAAUCAAAAUGGAGACCCAGCAUCUAAUUCUACCAGCUCUUUUGGAACCAAUAUUUCAUUAGCUGCUUGUGGGGGAGUGGAUUGCUGUUGUUGCCCUGCCUGGUAGCCCUACCUUCCUUCCCCCAUCCGCGAGUCCAGUACACAACUGUGUACAUCAUCUUAACGUAAUGGCAAAUGAAUCUCUUGAAAAUGAUGGAGGGACCGGUUCGAGAAAUUCAAGAAAUACACAUUUGACAUCAUCUGUGGAUCUCAGCACAUCCUUAGAAUCGAGUGUUCAGACUCGAAUAUUUAAAAUAAUUGUAAUCGGGGAUUCAAAUGUAGGGAAGACCUGCUUAACCUUCCGCUUCACCGGUGGGAGCUUUCCAGAGAAGACAGAGGCGACAAUCGGUGUGGAUUUCCGGGAGAAAGCAGUGGAAAUAGAGGGCGAAAAAAUAAAGGUGCAGGUGUGGGACACUGCAGGACAGGAACGCUUCAGGAAGAGCAUGGUAGAACACUACUACCGCAAUGUGCACGCUGUCGUUUUUGUUUACGACGUCACCAAGAUGAACUCAUUCCAGAACCUGAAGACGUGGAUCCAGGAGUGCAACGGGCACCGCGUCUCACCCACUGUGCCUCGGGUUCUGGUGGGCAACAAGUGUGACCUGGUUAGUCAGAUCCAAGUGCCCUCCAACACUGCCCUCAAGUUUGCAGACGCCCACAACAUGCUGCUGUUUGAGACCUCGGCCAAGGACCCCAAGGAGAGCCAAAACGUGGACUCCAUUUUCAUGUGCCUGGCAUGUCGGCUGAAAGCCCAGAAGUCCCUGCUGUACAGGGAUGUGGAGAGGGAGGAUGGAAGGGUUAGGCUUUCACAAGCGACAAACGUUAAUAAGAGCAACUGCCCUUGCUGAGGGAAAUACUGUGACUCUCCUCCACUCUGCAAUGAUUCCUCCUCUCCUUUUAAGACUGCUGUCACUUGAAUUGAAGAAUUUAACAUAAACAAACAACAUAAGAAGAUACUGUUCUAAUGUUAACAUUUCUAAUAUUCGAUUGUUGUCUGUAUGUAUACACCUCUUUUUGACCCUCUCUUGCUUUACUCUCUUUCUUUGAUAUAUUAUCAUUAUCACAUUCUGUGUUUCCUCCUAAUAAUGGCCUUAAGGCAAGAGAUGUUAUCCAAUGGUGUGUUAUAUAUGUUUAUUUAUUUUGUAUUUGAGUUGUAAAGGUCUGUACAUGUUUGCUGUCAAUAUUAUUGUUUCAUGCAAUAUACAUGUGUGUAACAUGAUUGUCACAAUCUCACAAAGGGACUUUCAUGAAGACUAUUCCAUGUCAGACUAUUUGGGUAUUACGUAUGUGCAUCGUUAUACAUCUGGAGAGUAUUGUUUGUGUUUUUUAACAAUCUGUUUUUAAUAUUAAGACAUAUCCGCUAAUAAUCCUUCACAAUGAAUUAUCAUAGCCAUAACACAGAUGAUGGGGGAGACAAUUAUUCUAGUUUCUGGUUUUGUCAUAUAGUUAUCCCAAUACGCUCCCCCUCUGCCCACCAGAGGUUUCUCAGAUUUCAGGUCUGCUAUCCUGCUUUCUGUUUUCUCUCCAUUGAUCAUCAUCAUAUUUCUGACUCCCAUUGAUCAUCAUCAUAUUUCUGACUCAAGUCUCCCCAAAACAUGCGAUUUGUAAAUAUUCAACAGAUAUCAUGUGUCCCUGAAUGUAUCUUGCAGCUGGUGAACACAAAGCACAUACUACUGAAAAUAGCGUUUUGAGAAGAGGAUCUUUCACUAAGGAUCUUCCACACAUUUCUAAAGGUUAUAAAUAAAAAAAUGUACACUAGAUGUAGUGGAAAUUGGUAGUCAUAGUCUGGCUUUCAUGAAAAUAGCAUUUAAUAUUACUUAGCAUAAGAGUCAAAUUUUACACACUUUAUAAUAUCAAAAUUGUUUAUUGGCUCUUUUGGGAUAUCUAUUGGAUCUAUUCAUAAGACACUGGGACAUUUUAAAGCAUCUUAGUGCUCCAAAUGACAUGAACUAUUCAGCAAGAAUUGACUUUAUGCCAUUAAAAUAAUAAAACAAAUAUUUUCCUUACUGUUGGUUUGAAAGCAUCUCCCCAACAUAAUGAAUGAAGGAUGAUAGCUACAUAUACAGCUACAAUGUAUCUAUACAAUCAGAGAGGAAGAGGCAAAGCGAGAGGUAAAGCGAGAGGCCCAACUCGGCCCACAGGCCAAAAUCUGUCUUCUCCAGCAGGUGGCGUUUAAAAUAAAAAAAGGUCAAUGAGAGAGUGGAAUUUGUAUGGAGGUCAAUAAGAGUGUAGAAUUUGGUCAACAAAAAGUGGAAUGGCUUAUUUGCUAUGUGAGGCAUAUUUGAUUGAAUAGAAGAUUUGUAAUGCUUAGAUUGUUAUGAGUGUACUAAUAAGUAGGACACGUCACAACUUUGAGAAAAGCAAACUUUAUAUCGGAGUUGUGCCUGUUCUAACCUUAACCCAUACCAUUUUAAAUUUCAACUUCAAUGGGGCAGGGACGUCCCAUUGGUGGGCAUUGCAUAGUUUUUUUGGGGUGGGCAUUGCAUAUACUAAUUUCUUAAUCCCCACGAUGCAUAUCAAAGUAGUGUAGUGACGGUAUACUCCGUAUCAAUUACUAAGGCUGAUGAAACAGAUAAAAAUGUUUAGCUGAAAAAAAUGUACGCGCAGCAAUGUACACACGGCGGUAGGCCAAGCAAUUUAAUAGACUUUGAGAUGGAAAUAUCCAUUAGAAAUGUUGAAAGAUGGGAGAUCUAAAGAUGCAACAAAUAUCAUGGAUUACUAAUAUGACUAGGAUAAUGCCUUUGGCUGCUAGAU